UGACGUCAUCUUCCACAGUCUGUACUGUAAGCAGAGCAACAACACUGAGCGGAGAAGUCAGCCUGUCUGCUAGUGAAACGGUUCCUUUCAGCCAGCGCCGAUGGACAACGCCCAGGAGCGACACAAGCCCAUAAGGAAUAAAUAAACGAGAAGGUCGAGGCUUUGUUCCUGAGUUGGUUCAUCGUGUGGAACCUAUAAUGGAACGGGCGAUGGAGCAGCUUAACGUACAGCUCAACCGGCUGACCCGUUCCCUCCGCCGGGCCAGGACCGUGGAACUCCCGGAAGAUAAUGAAACUGCUGUGUACACACUGAUGCCUAUGGUCAUGGCUGACCAGCAUAGGUCAGUGUCAGAGUUGCUGCUCAACUCCAAGUUUGAUGUGAACUACGCCUUUGGACGGGUCAAGAGAAGUCUGCUGCACAUUGCUGCCAACUGCGGGUCAGUGGAGUGUCUGGUUCUGCUGCUGAAGAGAGGAGCCAACCCAAACUACCAGGACAUCUCAGGCUGUACCCCUCUGCACCUUGCUGCUAGGAAUGGACAGAAGAAGUGUAUGGGCAAACUACUGGAAUAUAAUGCUGAUGUCAAUAUCUGCAACAAUGAGGGACUGACUGCUAUCCACUGGUUGGCAGUAAAUGGUCGAACAGAGCUUCUGCAUGAUCUGGUCCAGCAUGUAUCCAAUGUUGAUGUGGAGGAUGCCAUGGGGCAGACUGCUUUACACGUAGCCUGCCAAAAUGGACACAAAACAACAGUGUUGUGUCUUCUGGACAGUGGAGCUGAUAUCAACCGGCCAAACGUCUCUGGAGCCACACCCCUUUACUUUGCCUGCAGUCAUGGUCAAAGAGACACAGCACAGAUCCUGCUGUCUCGAGGUGCCAAAUAUCUUGCUGACAAAAAUGGAGUCACUCCUCUGGAUCUCUGUGUGCAGGGUGGAUAUGGGGAGACCUGUGAAAUUCUCAUCCAGCACCACACCAGACUGUUCCAGACCCUCAUCCAGAUGACACAGAAUGAUGAUAUUAAAGAGAACAUGCUCAGACAGGUUCUGGAGCAUGUCUCUCAGCAGAGUGACAGUCAUUACCAGAGGAUCUUGACCAGUCUUGGUGAAGUGGCUACUACAAAUGGACACAAGCUUCUCAGCUUGUCCAGCAAUUAUGAAGCUCAGAUGAAGAGUCUUCUGAGAAUUGUUCGUAUUUUCUGCCAUGUGUUUCGCCUUGGGCCUUCAUCACCUAACAAUGGCAACGACAUGGGCUACAACGGCAACAAAACACCUCGCAGCCAGGUCUUUAAGCCAUUGGAGCUGCUGUGGCACUCCCUGGAUGAGUGGCUGGUGCUGAUCUCUACAGAGCUUGACAGGAACAGGAAGAACCCAUCUUCCUCCUCCUCCAGCAGUGAGAUAGCCUCUCUGCUUUUUAAACAGCGCGAGUCUGACAACUCUGUUGCUACACCAAAGCUUCCCUCCUUGCUGGACCAUCAUAUCGUCAUUGAGGCAGAGGCGUAUGCUGAUGGAGAGGAUGUCAUCUCCAUGACAGCCAAUCGGCUCAGUGCUGUUAUCCAGGCCUUCUAUAUGUGCUGCUCCUCUCAGAUGCCACAAGGAAUGACAUCCCCCCGCUUCAUUGAGUUUGUCUGCAAGCAUGAUGAGGUUCUGAAGUGUUUUGUAAACAGGAAUCCAAAGAUAAUCUUUAACCACUUCCACUUUCUGCUGGAGUGUCCUGAGUUGAUGUCACGCUUCAUGCAUAUAAUUAAGGGCCAGCCCUUCAAGGAUCGCUCUGAGUGGUUCUAUGAGCACCUACUGGCUGGUCAGCCAGAUUCAGACAUGGUUCAUCGUCCAGUCAGUGAGAGCGACAUCCUGUUAGUCCACAGAGACUCCAUAUUUAGGAGUAGCUGUGAGAUGGUUUCCAAGUCCACCAAUGAGAAACUCAAACAGGGCAUUGCUGUUCGCUUCCAUGGAGAGGAGGGCAUGGGACAGGGUGUGGUUCGGGAGUGGUUUGACAUCUUAUCCAAUGAGAUCAUCAACCCAGACUAUGCUCUGUUCACUCAGUCAGCUGAUGGUACGACUUUUCAGCCUAACAGCAACUCCUCAGUCAACCCAGACCAUCUGAACUACUUCCGAUUUGCAGGUCAGAUUCUUGGCCUGGCUCUGUACCACCGACAGCUGGUCAACAUCUACUUCACUCGCUCAUUCUACAAACACAUUCUGGGUAUCCCAGUGAACUACCAGGAUGUGUCAUCCAUCGAUCCAGAGUAUGCUAAGAAUCUGCAGUGGAUUCUGGACAACGACAUAAGUGAUCUGGGUCUAGAGCUCACCUUCUCUGUCGAAACAGAUGUGUUUGGGGCGAUGGAGGAAGUGCCUCUCAAACCUGGAGGGACCAGUAUCCUGGUCACACAGGACAACAAGGCUGAAUAUGUCCAGCUGGUGACGGAGCUGAGGAUGACGAGAGCCAUCCAGCCUCAGAUAAAUGCCUUCUUACUGGGAUUCCACACCUUCAUUCCCCCAUCACUCAUUCAGCUUUUUGACGAAUAUGAAUUGGAACUCCUGCUGUCAGGGAUGCCAGAGAUCGAUGUGCAAGAUUGGUGCCGGAACACGGAGUACACCAGUGGCUACGACCCUCAGGAGCCAGUAAUCCAGUGGUUCUGGGAAGUGGUAAAGAGCUUGACCCAGGAGGAACGGGUUCUUCUGCUUCAGUUUGUGACCGGAAGUUCCAGAGUUCCUCAUGGUGGCUUUGCUUACUUGAUGGGUGGCAGUGGUUUACAGAAAUUCACAGUUGCUGCAGUACCGUACACCUCCAACCUACUGCCUACCUCCAGUACCUGUAUCAACAUGCUGAAACUCCCAGAAUAUCCUAGCAAAGAGGUCUUGAAAGAUCGGCUGCUGGUAGCGCUGCAUUGUGGGAGUUACGGGUACACCAUGGCGUAAACGUCCUACCAGCUCCUGCUGCUAUGACAGUUUGUGGAGUCAUGCAACUCCCACCUCCUCCUCCUUCACAGACCCUGUUUGUAGUCAGAUGCUGCUUUUGCUUUACAAAUAAAGAAAAUCCAAAUUGUUCUUGAAGAGCUGCUGAGGAAGCACAACAGACUGAGCAGAGACCACAGGUUCUAGUUCACCACAUACAUUUACUGAUCAAAGCUGGUAUGUGGUCAUUUCUGCUGUUUCUGCAAAUAAUAAUUAUAUGACAGAAUUUAUAUCAUGAAUUCCUUAUUUAAAACACACAUUAUUAUUAUUAUUAUUAUUAUAAAAUGCAGCCUUACAGAAUGCCACACAUCGAUUGUGUUCCAGUGGAACAAGUUUAGAAAAGAAUUGAUCAGUUUUGAACAAGCAAUCAGUCAAUGUGCAUCAAACAUAUCAGGAAUAAGAUGCAGGUAUAUCAAACUCAUACAGUGGAACAAAUCUAUAUUUUGUGUUUGCCCUGCCAUUUGCCUUCUGUUUCCAUCUCCCUAUUUUAACACUCCUUGAUACUUUGGUCAGUAGAUUUUGUCUGAACAACUCAAAUGACUUACCGUCAGGCUCCAGUGAGAGGCCAGUGCCAAUAUUAUAUCUAAGUGGGUUUUUAUUUUUUUAUUCCCUCAUUUCAUUGAGGAGAAACCAGAUUAUUUAAUUUAGUUUAAAUACAGUAAAACAAUAACCACAUAGGCAAAAUAAUGCCAACAACCUCAUGUUCUAGCCAUAUGUUGUAGUUGUCAUUCCAAAAUGAUAGCAGAUCUUCCACUGUUGUGGUUUCAGACCCAGACUGUAAUCUGUAUUUGUGUUCAUCCCAAAGCUGUUGGAUGGUGUUAAGGUCAGCGUUUUGCAGGCCAGUCAAGAUCUUACAAAGGAAGCCAGGAAAACCACUCCAGUUACCCCUGUUAUGUCUAUGUUGGAACACAAGAGGGUCAAAUUCCAAUUGGUGACAGAAAAUACUGAUGUCUAAAAUAUUGUAUGAUGCAGUAUUAACAUUUACAAUGACUGACACUGAGCGACCUGAACCCGAAGAAACAGACACAGACUAAAUGUACACCAAAGUAUGUGGAUGGAUUUGUCUAUUUAGCUAAUGUGCUACUAUUUGUUGAGGUUAUUUCAACACCAGCAACUCCUGCACACUCACUGCUGUUUGUUCUGUAUUAUAUAAGGGAGGAUAUCAAUCUAGAAUUAGCUAUACGGGUCCAGAUUUAGUGGCUGUAAAUGACCAGUCCAGUUACUCCAUUAGCUUGAAAAGCAAACGGGCUGCAGGAGUUGACAUUGCAUAACUAAAUCAAAUGCUGGAGCCCACUAGAGCUGGAACUGUGUCAUGACAUCUAAAUUGCACCGUUAGCUCUGCCCUCUUCAGUUGCCAACUUUCACCGUUUAGUAUGAAACUGUGAAAUGUUUGCCACACACACAUGUAACUUAGGCUUCCUUUUAUUUAAUUUUAUUAAAUAGCUGCAAGGAUUGAGUGCAGAGCAAACAGGUAAGAUGUUGCACACAGGUUCACUUUAAGAAUCAAUACCUUUUUAUGUAUUUUUUUUAGCAAAAAAACCCCACAAAGAUUAUUGAACCCACUUGGAUGCAGUGACAUCACUUAGAGUAUGGAAUAUAACUAAUCACUAAAUUUUAAAAAAAUGAAGCAACUGAUUCAGUAAGUGUAAUAAUGACAAUUGUUGAAAAAAGCCUAUAGGCUACUGCAGAUGGCGUAGUUACAGAUUAUAUUUUUGCUUUUUUGAUUGCAUAUUAAAUUAUGUCGUGUUUGAUUGCUAAAUAAAAUGAUCUACCACUAGCAGCAUAUUUGGGUAAAAGCCCAGUGUAUUAAAGUCUUUUAGGACUCUACAGUGCUUCACUGGGGCCAGCUUUCCCCCCCUUCAUUUAUUGACUUGCUUCAUGCAAAUUACCAGAUUAAAUAAUUAAAAUAAAGGUGCAAAGUGAAAGAGAUACUUGGCCCUGGUACUGACACAGAUAUGUCACUAAUCAAACAGCAGUAAAGACACUGUCAGCGGGUAACAAUUUAUAUUUGCUGGAGAAUAGCAGUAAAGGGGUGCUGUCACUGCAGGAAAACAAGUUUUUUUUUUCUUUUCUUUUGGGUAAUUACAAUUAUGAAGAAAAACAUACAUUAACUAAAAGCAAAGUAUAGCUGUUUAUUGAUUUCUAAGCAAACAGGUUUUAUUUAAGUUGUAUUUCAGACUGGACUUAUUCAGCUGUGACAGAAAGUGUGUUUGCAAAAAAGAAACUGUUCACAAAUACGUUGAUGUAGGUAGUGGACACACCCUUCCAUUCCUGUAGCAUAAAGUGCAUGUGUCUGUGACAGACCGUGACAAGUUCAUUUUUUCAGUCACUAUUUUGCUGUUAUUUGUAUUCCAAGAAUGAAUAAUCUUCUUUAAUGAUAGCCUUCUGUUUGUACAUGUCCUUGUUUCACAGAAUUUUACAACGAACAAUAUAUAUUUUCUCAUGACAAAAGGGAUUGAGGUAACAUUCUGAAUGUAUCACACAAACCUCUUGAGUAGUUUUCCUCUAUGUUUUUAAAGGGAGUUUACACAUUAAUUUACUAUUUUGCCAUAUCUGUCAGUAUUGCUUUAAAUUCGAUAUCUGAAAUGCUUUUGUAAACAGAUGUUAAUGUUUUAUUGUAAAUGCAGCCUUUAUACAUUCUACUGCAAAUGUUUGCAGUAUUAAAUUAGGUAUUUUACCAUGAAAUACAUGUUAUGCAUUAAAAUUUUAUCUAAUAAAACGUUUUGAUACUUGAA